AUGAACCACUCUUUUCUCGCCUUACUCUCCGUGGCUAUUCAAGCACUGCUCUUGAGUGGCCUAUGCGAUGCUCAAGGCUCUUCGACCGCAGGUGUUCCCAACACCCCAAAUGGUGAGGUGUAGCGUACCAGAGCGCAAGGGCACUUUCCGAGCGUAAAGCUGUAGCCCCAUUGUCGCAGCAUCCAAACGUCCGCUAGUUUAAAGCUGUUUACUGACUAUCUCAACUCCAAACCCACCACGAAUAGAAAAUCCCACCUUCACGGUAGCGCCCACCACAUCCACAGCGCAGAUCACGCCGCUAGGAACCAGUUCUAGUGGUAAGUCCUUCCAUCGAGGAUCAGAAAUAUCCCCCCCGGGCACAUGGUACAGCAUCUCCAUGCUCAGCUCCACACAUUCACAUUUGCACAUCAUCCCUCUCACCCAAUCCCGCAGUCACAGCAGCGACGGUGCCCUCUUCGCUAAGCGGAGCAGCCUUAUCCUCCUAUCUAGCGUCGCUCAGUACCAACUCGGCGCAAGGAGCGGGCAGCACGAGCACGGGAGCGUCGAUCAGCGGCAUAGGCGGCGGGCCACCCGGAGGGUACGAUAGCGCCAUUUCUUCCAUCAUGCAACAGAGCACCUCCAGCACAAGUGCGCCUGCACAGAGCAGCCCUGCGACGUCCAGCGCAAGUCCCGAUGCAGCCACUUGGUCCGCCAGAUCGCCCGCCAGCGCCGCUUGCUUGGCCAUCGCUAUCAUCUCUUGUGGCUUGGGCGCUUUGCUCGUUGUGGCUUAA